GCCCCCCUCUCCUCCCAACGGCCGCAAGCCGGCAGGUUUUACUUGAUGCUCUGUCUGGUCUCUUGUCUCCAGCUAGGCUACCGUGGUCAAGAACAGCAACAGUAGCAGCAGGAUGGGCCGCCUUCUUUCAACGCUGUACGUCAUAUUCAGCUUCCUAGUAAGGGAAUUCAAAUAGAAUACAGCCCCAUCUUCCCGCAACACUGACAAGGUCAGCGACCAAGGACCACAUACAACAUUUGGGGAUAGACCGCGCCUAUAUUCGCAAAAGUAAACAGUGAGCGCUGAGAGCCAGCCGGGCCAGAGAUGCCACCCCCUGCCGCAGGCCCCCCAGCAGUGACCCCUCCGGACGGGGGCUGGGGCUGGGCCGUGGUCCUGGGAUCCUUCAUCUCCAUUGGCUUCUCCUACGCCUUCCCCAAGGCCAUCACCGUCUACUUCAAGGACAUCCAGAAGAUCUUCGAUUGCUCCUACAGCCAGAUAGCAUGGAUCUCCUCCAUCAUGCUGGCCGUCAUGUACGCAGGAGGUCCCAUAAGCAGUGUACUGGUAAACACAUAUGGCUGCAGACCUGUCAUGAUCAUGGGGGGAGUACUGUCUUCUAUCGGGUUGAUAUCCGCUUCCUUCUGCAACAGCGUGGUGGAGCUUUAUGUUUGCAUCGGUCUUAUAGGAGGCCUGGGCCUAGCCUUUAACCUUCAGCCAGCACUGACUAUGAUUGGCAAGUACUUCUAUAAGAAGCGUCCCAUUGCUAACGGAAUAGCCAUGGCCGGUAGCCCAGUGUUCCUGAGCAGCCUAGCCCCUUUCAACCAGUACCUGUUCAACUCCUUCGGCUGGAGGGGCAGCUUCCUCAUCCUGGGGGGCAUACUGCUCAAUUGCUGCGUGGCUGGCUCCCUGAUGAGGCCCCUGGGGCCACCGCUGGGCAAGAUCAAGAAGGAUGAGGAGUUGGUCGUUGCCAAAACUUCCACCAAGAAGAAGGAGACGACCACUUGUUUGGGGACUGUCAACAAGUUCAUUGACCUGUCGCUUUUCAAGCACCGCGGUUUCCUCAUCUACCUGUCGGGCAACGUCAUCAUGUUCUUGGGCUUUUUCUCACCAAUAGUCUUCCUGACGGCCUACGCCAAGGACAUAGGCGUGGACGAGUACUCGGCCGCCUUCCUGCUCUCCAUCCUGGCCUUCGUGGACAUGUUUGCCCGGCCCUCCAUGGGGCUCCUGGCCAACUCCAAGUGGAUCCGGCCCAGGAUCCAGUACUUCUUCAGCUUUGCCGUGCUCUACAACGGGGUGUGCCACAUCCUCUGCCCCCUGGUGGAGAGCUACACAGGCCUGGUGGUGUAUGCCGUAUUCUUUGGCUUUGCCUUCGGCAUGGUCAGCUCGGUGCUGUUUGAGACCCUGAUGGACCUGGUGGGGGCUCAGAGGUUCUCUAGUGCCGUGGGGCUCACCACCAUUGUGGAGUGCUGCCCUGUCCUCAUUGGUCCACCCCUGGCAGGUAAACUGGUGGACAUCACCAAGAACUACAAGUACAUGUAUUUUUGCUGUGGGGCUGUGGUGAUCAUGGCCAGCAUUUGGCUGUUCAUCGGCAACUUCAUCAACUACAGACUCCUGGCCAAGGAGCGCAAGCAGGAGGAGAUGUACAAACGGACUGAAACCGAGGACCCCGACCGGGACCAGGACCAAAAGGAGACAGACGGGGACGCCCAGGCCUUGGAGGACUUGGUAGACCCCAAAGAUGAGGACGCCAUGCAGAGGGAGACCAACAUCUAGAGCCCCUCCCUACUGCCAACCACACCCCCCUCCACCAUCACCCUCACGUCCCCCUCUGCCACUAUCAAACUGCAGACUGAGCUCAAGGGGGGUGCCUCCUGGUCUUUCACUCUCCAGGGUUCCGCUCGGGGGCCUCCACGCAGUGGCCCCUCUGUUUCCGAAACACUCAAACUGCCAGAGUAACAAUGACAACCAUGUUGUGGGAUACUGCAAGGUGUAUUGCUGGAGGAAGGGGUGACUGCCCUGACUACUACUCAGACAUCAGACUAGCCGGAGAUAAUGGUGUAAGAUACAGAACGCAUGUUAGGAGGCCACAAGGCUUGGAAUAUGAGAAAGAAGCUUUUGUCGCGUAUCUAGGAAUCUGUGAAAUGCGACCUGUCGACAGAAAUCUAGUACUGCUCAUGUAUUUAGCAUGCCACUAAACCUACCACACCAGCAGCCCAAUUCUGAUUGAAAUCAAUACAGGUUAAUAUCCUAGCUUCCUAUGCUGGGAGUUGACAUGCGAGGACACAUAAUGUCCGUUAGUACCAGGGUUAUGGUGAGAGAAAGAUAUCGUUGCAACACAGGAACAGAGAUGAGUUCAUGGUUUGGUGGCUCCAGUGACCAUGCAUUAUACUGUCCUUUAGCGCACUGUGUCAGUUGUGUUCGUUAGCUAAACCUGCAAAACUGCCAUGCUUCUAAUCUAACGAUAACACACCCACUGUUUUAUUCACUAUUGCAUAUUGCACAUGGAGUCCGUAUGCACUGCACUACUUCUAAACUGGCCAUGUUUAGGCCUCAUCCAAAACAACAAUAAAACAAAUGCAAUUGAAUCAUAUUUAAUGAGGUUGGAUGUAAAUUUGUUUUAUUGGCUGUGUUUCCAAGGGCCUUAUUAAGAAUACUUGAUAUUCACAAUCAAUAUCAUCUAUAAAUGUGCAUAUUGUUGGUUUAUACCAAAUAAAGAAUCCAUGAGCAAUAUAACCUAUUCCUAGCCAUUGUAUUGAUGUACGUAUAUACAGGGAUAUUCAUUUUUGUAGUCAAUGGUCAUUUCUGGGAGUAGCUGUUUAACUUACACCAAUGAUACAUUGCCUUACGUAAAGAAUGCAACUAAGUUGUGUCAAAUAUACAGUACCAGUCAAAAGUUUGGACACACCUACUCAUUCAAGGGUUUUUCUUUAUUUUCUACAUUGUAGAAUAAUAGUGAAGACAUCAAAACUAUGAAAUAACACAUAUGGAAUCAUGUAGUAACCAAAAAAGGGUUAAACAAAUCAAUAUAUAUUUUAUAUUUGAGAUUCUUCAAAGUAGCCACCCUUUGCCUUGAUGACAGGUUUUCACACUCUUGGCAUUCUCUCAACCAGCUUCACCUACAAUGCUUUUCCAACAGCCUUGAAAGAGUUUCCACAUAUGCUGAGCACUUGUUGGCUGCUUUUCCUUCCCUCUGCUGUCCAACCAUCCCAAACCAUCUCAUUUGGGUUGAGGUCGGGUGUGGAGGCCAGGUCAUCUGAUGCAGCAUCCCAUCACUCUCCUUCUUGUUCAAAUAGGUCUUACACAGCCUGGAGUUGUGCUGGGUCAUUGUCCUGUUGAAAACAAAUUAUAGUCCCACCAAGCGCAAACCAGAUGGGAUGGCGUAAUCGCUGCAGAAUGCUGUGGUAGCCAUGCUGGUUAAAUGUGCCUUGAACUCUAAAUAAAUCACUCACAGUGUCACCAGAAAAGCCUAUUCUGCAUCUCACAAAGACACAGUGGUUGGAACCAAAAAUCUCAAAUUUGGACUCAUCAGACCAAAGGACAGAUUUCCACCGGUCUGAUGUCCAUUGCUCGUGUUUCUUGGCCCAAGCAAGUGUCUUCUUCUUAUUGGUGUCCUUUAGUAGUGGUUUCUUUGCAGCAAUUUGGCCUGAUUUAUGCAGUCUUCUCUGAACAGUUGAUGUUGAGAUGUGUCUGUUUCUUGAACUGAAACAUUUACACUUGGGCUGAAAUUUCUGAGGCUGGUAACUCUUAUCCUCUGCAGCAGAGGUAACUCUGGGUCUUCCUUUCCUGUGGCGGUCCUCAUGAGAGACAUUUUAAUCAUAGCGCUUGAUGGUUUUUGUGACUGCACUUGAAGAAACGUUCAAAGUUCUUGACAUUUUCUGAAUUGACUGACCUUCAUGUCUUAAAAUAAUGAUGGAUUGUCGUUUCUCUUUGCCUAUUUCAGUUGUUCUUGACAUAAUAUGAACUCAGUAUUUUACCAAAUAGGGAUAUCUUCUGUAUACCACCCCUACCUUGUGACAACACAACUGAUUGGCUCAAAAGCAUUAAGAAGGAAAGACAACAAAAAAAAGACAAAAAAAAGAAAAACAAGGCACACCUGUUAAUUGAAAUGCAUUAUAGGAUACUACCGCAUGAAGCUGGUAGAGAGAAUGUCAAGAGUGUGCAAAGCUGUCAUCAAGGUAAAGGGUGGCUACUUUGAAGAAUCUCAAAUGUAAAAUAUAUUUUGAUUUGUUUAACACGUUUUUGUUUACUACAUGGUUCCGUAUGUGUUAUUUCAUAGUUUUUAUGUCUUCACUAUUAUUCUACAAUGUAGAAAAUAGCCAAAAUAAAGAAAAAUCCUUGAAUGAGUAGAUGUGUCCAAACUUUUGACUGGUACUGUGUGUACAUGAAAAAGUAUUACAUGAAAAAGUAUUUAUUGAAGUGUUAUAGAAAUUACCAAAUUAACAUGCCUAUUGUGAAACGGUAAAACAGCUUCUUGUGUGACCUUCAUUUUUAAGUACAGUAUUUCUUCCUUUCAACUCUUAACUCUCUGAAAUGACUUUUUGAGGGAAGUUGUAGUGAGCAUAAUGUUUGCUUGAAGAAUUUUGUCAGCAAUUUCUAUUAACAUAAUAAUGAACAACGUUCAUGUGCAGUACCGUAUUUACACAAUUCAAAGUAAGCAUCACUUAAUUAAUAAUAUCUCUUUCACUGCACCACAAAUGUCAAUAUGAUUUAAUAUAUGUUUAAUUAUAAUUUGUGCAAAUAAUUACCUAAAUUAACAGUAAUUAACUAUAUAAUGUUAAAUGCAAUAUAUUUUAAUGUGACAUUGAUUCUAAAUCCGCCGUUGGCUGGAUGCCAUCUACAGUGAAAAUUAUUCCUAUUUUUGUUGAAUUCUUAACAUCCAUCACUUCUUGUGUUCUGGUCAAAUAGCUCAACACAGCUUAAAACAGAUUUAUACACUUGUUAGAUUGUGGUAAUUUGCUUACCGUCCCAAUUUAUGUGUAGCCUAUUUCAUAUUUAGAAAUAUAUUUUUUCAUAUCAUUAUGUGGUUUCUGGUAGUUUUUAACUUGACUGUGGGCUCGAAUUACAUUGGCAAGUGUCACUUGUUAUCUGGCCUACUUUUUGCUUGCGGCUGCAGAGUCUCUAUUCCCGGUCACUGACAACAGGGGUCAGUAUGCAGUAGUUCUUAAAGGAUGAAUGAACUGUACAAUCACUUUUAUAUAUCAAAUAGCACUGCCCCCUACUGGUUUCAAAAGACCUAGACCAAAUGUUACAAUCUGAGCUGCCCUCAAAUAGCAAAACGACACAUUGUUCUCAGUGGCUGCUCUUGUGUGAUGUCAAAAGAUAAGAAAUUCCAAAAUGAAAUAAGUGAUAAUAAAAAAUGAUCUCUCUUUAGUUUCAAUGUUCUGUAUUUUAAGUUUGUUUUUAUUUUAUUUUUUUAUGGCCAUUGAAUAUAUUUUAUUUGUUCUUUUAUUUUCCUUCUAUAGCUUCAACAGGUGUGUAUAUACUAGUAUUUCACAGGGUGUACAUUAACAGUAGAUUGACUUAAUAAACACACUGCAUUCAUGUGCUGCUGUGGCAAAGCCAUUUGUAGGCAAUUAUGUUUGUUCUGGAGCAAAAUCAUGUUCAUUUCAAUUUUCAACCACGUGUAGUAUGUGUAUGAUUUGAGUUUGUGUUUUGUAUAAUCAGAAGCAUUAUUUCUAAAAUAAUAAAAUCAUAGUGUUGCUUUUCCCUUAAGUUACCAUAUCAAUUGCUUAUUGUCAUUCCAUAGACAAUGUGGAUGAGCUAAACUGAAGGAUUUGUUGUGCUGUUUUUGGAAUUAUUUAACUCUUCAGUAUUCAGCAGUUUCUUAAGUUAUAUCCUGUUUUUAUUGUGAAGGAAACAUAAUCAAAUAAGGUUGUAACACUUUCACUUAUAUACCGUAAUUUCUGGACUAUUAAGCGCACCUGAAUAUAAACCGCGCCCACUGAAUUAUAAAAAAAUAUGUAUUUUGUACAUAAAUAAGCCGCACAUGUCUAUAAGCCGCAGGUGCCUACCGGUACAUUGAAACAAAUGAACUUGGUCACUAUCUUCCUCCUCCUGUGCACUGAAACCACUGAAGUCAUCGCCUUCGGUGUCGGAGUUGAAUAGCCUCAGAAUUGCUUCAUCCGAUGUUGGAUCGUUUUCAUUUACGCUCUCGUCACUUUCAUCUGGAGGCAAAUACCCCGCUGAGCUCAUGCUGCCCCUUCAACACGCAGCAGUCCAGCCUUUCAAAAUCCGUUGAUGAUAGUGGAUUUUUCGACAAUGCUCCACGCUGUCAGGACCCACUGGCAGACUUGACCAUAAGUUGCUCUUCGCAUGCGGCCCGUUUUAGUGAAGGAUUUCUCCCCACGUGUCAUCCAAGCCUCCCACUGAACAAGGAGCGCCACCUUAAAUGCACGAUUUACACUGAUGUCGAGUGGCUACAAAUACUUUGGGCCAUCUGCUUUUCUUCCCUCUGAAAGCUUUUGUUGUCUUUUUGCACUGAGUCGGUUCCUCAAGCUGCUGUUUCCAACGUCUUAUCAUCGACUCAUUAAGGCCAAGCUCCCGUGCAGCAGCUCUAUUUCCUAUUCCAACAGCCAGUUCGAUCGCCUUCAACUUGAAAGCUGCAUCAUAUGCAUUUCUCCGUGUCUUUGCCACGAUGAGGGUGACAAAAUUACUACCGUAAUCAGAAUGAUGGGAAGUUUGAGCGCGCUCGAUUUACGUCACAUUAUGUGACGGUGCUCAGUUUUUUGGCGGCAUGAAUCUUGUGAAAGCGGGAAAAAUCCAUAAAUUAGCCGCGUCGUUGUAUAAACCGCGAGGUUCAAAGCGUGGGAAUAAAGUAGCGGCUUAUAGUCUGGAUAUUACGGUAGUAUUUUCUUUAUUCCAAUGCAGUAUAACGACCAGGUUGUAACUUUGAUUUGUGCCACAAUUAAGUAUAAGAUAUAUGAUUUAUAUUGAAAAAAAAUAAUACUUCACUAUACCCAUUAUAUACAAUGAAUCUACAGUAUCCAGAUUGUUCUGUACAUAGUAAUGUGAAGGCGAUGUGAUGCGUUUUUAAAUGUGUCAUGCUGAAAUUAUUUGCAUAUUAUUUGAGGACCAAAAGGAAAUUAUAUUGAUUCAGACUAUUAUUAAUGUCAAUAUUUAAAUUUGGGUCAAUUGAAUAAUAAUAAUAAAAUAUGCACCAUUAGCCUUAUCAAAUACACUUGGCUCCUAUGUAUGAAGGAUUCUGUAUUAUAAUGUUGUAUUUUGGGCAUGUUUGGUAUGUCGGUGACUUAUAAAUAUAUAUUGUUUUCUGUACAGGUUAAUCUGAACGAAAUGCUAAGCCUCAAUAGUUAUACAUGGUAUCAGAUGGUCAAACAGUAUCUGAUACAUCACAAGGAAUUUCAAUGAAUGUUUCUACUUUUUAUUUUUGUUAAUGCAUUUUCAGUUUUUAUCUCUUAUACGCACAUGUCUUUUAUCCUGCUGUAGCUAUUGAACAUAUGGCCUAAUAUGGUAAGGCUGUAACUCUAGUAAUUAUGUAUUUAAAGAUGGAGUUCUCUUGAUGUGCUGACUCUGGACAUAAUGUAAUCGACUCGGGUUGUUUCAUAGCGUAACGGAAAUUGUUUUUGGAAGUAAAACAAUCCUCUUUUGAUUAAUUCACAGCUUAGACUGUAUCUCAAUUAUGACUCAUACAGGACUUGUGACAAAACACUUUAAUAGCCAUUGUUUUUUAAUCAGAAGGGCUGAAAAACACUUAGCAACUUAACAGUGCAAUGGACAUUGUUGGUGUGGCAAGGAAAACACUCUUUAAGUAUGAAAAUACAUAUUUAGCCGCAAUCCAUUUUUAUUUCACACAUCUGUUUUCACAGAUGGAUCUGGAUAUCAACAUGGGGAUUAAAAACUGCAGAUGAUUUGCAAUUGCAGAAAUGUCUUGCUGUACUCAGAGGCUAAAAGCUGUCAUUCAUUUCACACUAUUGAAAAGGUAUUAUAAAUAAAUGUUUAAAUUAGCAAGUUACUGUGCCUUAUUAGACCCUGAUGAAUAUUGCAUUUAAAUAUUAUCCAUCCAUAAGCAAUUAACGAUGUAUUAAUUUGGCUAUAAUCAACCUUGUUUAAUUGGUGUUGACACUGCAUUUUGUGAGAGUCAACUGUGACCAUAUUUCUUUUUUUGAAUUUGUCUAUUUUCUUCUCAGUUUACUCCUUGAUGUUUACAAAUCCUUAUCCAUCAUCUGAUCUUAUGUGAGUAAUUCAUUUGGAGAAAUUAAUGUGACAUUUAUUUUUAUUUUCAGUCUUCCACAGUUGUUAUGUUCAGCACAUUUUGAGACCAUACCCUUGGAUUAAUGUGGUAGGGAACCCAGCCACAGUGACAAACAAAAAUCCUAACAUUUCAGUAGUUGAAUGUCUGCCUUACAUAAGGGAUCCUGAUUGGCACCGCGGUCUAAGGCACUGCGAGAGGCGUCACUGCAGUUCCUGGUUCAAAUCCAGGCUGCAUCACAUCUGGCUGUGCUUGGGGAUCCCAUAGGGUGGUGCACAAUUGGCCCAGCGUGGUCCGGGUUUGGCCGGGGUAGGCUGUCAUUGUAAAUAAGAAUUUGUUCUUAACUGAUUUGCAAAGUUAAAUAAAGAUUAAAUAAAAAAAUAAGGACACAAAGAAGUCAAUGAGCAUAACACCUUGUUGAUAAUGCCUCUUAUACAAUAUAAAAGGCCAUGUUUUCAACUAAGUUGGUUGUAUGCAUAACAACCCCUACAUUACCAUACUAGUCUAAGGAUGCAAGAACGUAGGAAAGUUUAAUGCACCGAUUCUGAGCGAAUGAUGUAUAUGAUAUGGUUUUGUGUGCCCACUUCAACGAUUUCACUUAAGCAGGUACAAACAUUAGCUUCUGUCAGUAGCUGAGUCCCAGUGUUGUAAUAGAAUAGACAAUCAUACUGUAUGUCAGAUUGUGUCAGUAAUUCCACGACCUCUGCAAUUGUCAUUUCAAGGCAAGGAUAAGUAUCACAUGGGUUACGCAGACGACCAAUUAAAUUUUUGUAAUUGUAAUAUAAAGACGUUGCAUCGCAAGAAUCAAAUAAAAUAUUAUGGGAACACA